AUGACUGGUGUGGCUGAAAAUGAAUGUGAGGGAAAUAUUCAAGAGUCAGAACUGUUUUAUAUUUUGAUCAAGAUUCCUUCUGGGAGCGACAUUCACAAACCUUGCUGUUGGCAGCGAGGUGUGCCCCUCUUCUCAAGACUAUUUUCCCAAUUUAGUGAAGUUAGAAACCUGCCAGCUCCAGACCCUGAAGCCACACCCUUGGAUGCUGACUACGAGAACAACCAGGUGCAAGCUGCCUACGGAGCUGGGCUUAUUGGUGCGCUGAGGAGACCCGAAGCUUUCAGAAAUCCAUCAGCUCCAUCUAGAUGGCUGUCUCCAUCUGGUUUUCUUCUCCCUUUGCUCCUUCUCCAGAUGUUCACCUGGUAUUCAGCAGGUCAGUGGUCCCAGUUUUCUGUGAAGGGUCCUGCUGAGCCUAUUGUGGUCUCACUUGGGGCAGACGCCACUCUACCCUGCCAGCUGUCCCCCGAGCAGAGUGCCGCCGACAUGCACAUCCGGUGGUACCGAGCGCAGCUCUCCCCGGCGGUGCUGGUAUUCCAGGACGGACAGGAGCACAGUGAGGAGCAGAUGCUGGAGUACCGUGGCAGGACCCAGUUGGUGACCGACUCCAUUGACACCGGGAGUGUGACCCUGCUGAUACAGAAUGUCCGGGCCUCCGACGAUGGCCAGUACUGGUGUCAUUUUAGAGAUGGUGACAUCUUGCAAGAGGCCACUGUGGAGUUGAAUGUUGAAGGCCUGGGCACGAUCCCUCGUGUUCACAUGACGGGGCCUGAGGACGGUGGGAUCCGAGUGCUGUGCUCCUCAGGAGGCUGGUUCCCAAAGCCAACGGUGCAGUGGAGAGACAGCGCGGGAGGGAAGCUGCCAUCGCCGGCCGCGUCUCAGACCCAGGACGGCGAUGGGCUCUUCCAGGUGGAGGCUUCUCUCGUAGUCAAGGACAGCUCCUUGGGCAACGUGACCUGCUCCAUCCAGAAUCCCCUCUCCGGCCAGGAGCUCGCAUCAGCCAUCUUCCUCCCAGAGCCCUUCUUCCCCAAGGUGUCUCCGUGGAAAGCUGCCCUGGCUUGGACCGUCCCUGUGCUGAGUCUCCUCAUCGCUGGGAUCAGCUACAUUGGCUGGAGAGAACGUCAAGCCAAAGAGAGGGAGAUAAAGAAAAGUGAAAGAGAAGCUAAAGAAAGAGAGGAGAUGAAGAAGGGAAAAGAAGCGGCAUUUAAGAGCAAAGAAAGCCUCGAAAACGAGCUCAAACAGCGGAAGAAACUGUACCUCGAAGAUUGGAAGAAGGCCCUGCUGUAUCCUGACUGGAGAAAGGAAAAGUUCCAGCCUGCCAAGGUGACCAUACAUAAUGAAAGGCUUUCUGAGAACAAUUCUGGAACAGAAGGAAAAGAGAACCACGGGGAGGAGUCACAGAAUCUCAUCACAGUGGAACAAAGAGAUUUUACGUCAGGGAGAUAUUUCUGGGAAGUGGACAUUAAGGAUGCUGAUGAGUGGACGCUAGGCAUUUUUGAAGAAAAUACGGUUAAGAAUGCACCAUCCAGCGAACCAUCAAGGAAAAAAUUCAGAGUCUUAGAGAAGAAGAGAGGUGCAUACAGGGCUCUUGGCUAUUGUUUACAAGAGAUUUUUAUAGAUGAGUCUCUCCGUAUAGAAAAGGAUCCACAAAAGAUUGUGAUUUUCUUAGAUUAUGGGGAUAGUGACGUUUCUUUCUAUGACAUAGUGAGUGGUGACCACAUCUUUUCCUUCACCAAAUCCAGCUUCUCUGGAUCACUCUAUCCUUACUUCAGUCGUAAACCUGUGGAGCUCUCCGUACGUGCACAGCCCGCUGAUUGA